GCAUCUAGACCAACAUAGACUCUGGGAUCCCAAUGAAUUUGCUGUCUCCUGCUUCAAAAUCAUCAUGUAUUCUAUACAGGCGCAGUAUUCUCAUCAUGUGAUACAGGAAAUCCUGGCACACCUGGACGCUCGCAGAAGGGAUUUCCCACGGGUCCGAGCAGGCAUCAUUCAAGCCCUUUUACAAGCUGUUGCUAUUGCAGCCAAAGGGUCUAUAGGCCCAACCGUCUUGGAGGUAUUCAACACCUUACUGAAGCAUCUCCGUUUCAGCGUCGACUUUGAAUUAAGUGACCGGCGCAGCUCGUUGAGCAGCGCCUGCUUUAGCACAAGCGCCAAGGACAACGACGAGCGGAUCGUCCAGAAUGCUAUCAUCCAAACCAUUGGGUUCUUUGGAAGCAACCUCCCAGAUUACCAGCGGUCGGAGAUCAUGAUGUUCAUUAUGGGGAAAGUACCAGUUCUGGGGGCAACUUCCCAUACACUGGAGACCAACCAGCUGGGUGAUUUGGGAACCAGGCGGAUGAUGAUGAUGAUGAUGAUGAUGAUGAUGAUGGUGACUACUGGUUACAGUGCCAAAACUAUUUCUGCUGCUCUGCCCGCUCCUUUUCUGGACCCUUUGCUGUCUCCUUCGCUCAUGGAUGACUGUGAACUACGACAACUCGUCCUGGAAAUCCUGCAUAACCUCAUUGAUCGGCACGACAACCGAGCAAAGCUCCGUGGGAUCAGAAUAAUACCCGACGUUUCGGAUCUCAAGAUAAAGCGAGACAAAAUCUCGAAGCAAGAUGUGAGCUUCAUGAAAAAGCAUGGACAGCAAUUGUACAGACAUGUCUACUUGGGCUGUAAAGAGGAAGACAAUGUCCAGAAGAACUUUGAACUGUUGUACACGACUCUGGCCCUCAUUACCAUUGAACUAGCCAACGAAGAAGUGGUCAUUGACCUCAUCAGAGUGGCCAUAGCAUUGCAGGAUCUUGCGAUCCUUAAUGAAGACAACUUGCCAAUGUUCCAUCGUUGUGGUGUGAUGGCGGUGGUGGCGGCGUACCUCAACUUCCUGAGCCAAAUGAUCGCCGUUCCUGCUUUCUGCCAGCAUAUCAGUAAGGUCAUUGAAACCAGAACAUUAGAAGCACCAUAUUUCUUACCAGAAACCGUUUUCAGAGAGAAGUGCAGCCUCCCAAAGUCCCUUGAGAAAGAAGAAACCAACUUGUUUUUCCUGACCAACCAAAUGGCGGAAUCCCUAGGUGGCAGCGGCUACUGUGUGGAGAGACUAUCUGUGCCAUACGUCCCACUUGUGACAGAUGAGGACCGACUGUCCCGGAGGAGAAGUCUGGUGGAUACUCUGUCAAUCCAGGUGGACAUUCUACCUGGCUGCAACCUGCAAGAAAAGGUGAACAGUACUGAAGAGAUCACCUUUGAAACGCUGAAGAAGGCCAUCGACAGCAACGGGCUUGAGGAACAAGAGAAGGAGAAGCGGAGGCUUGUGAUAGAAAAAUUCCAGAAGGCUCCUUUUGAAGAAAUUGCUGCACAGUGUGAAAAUAAAGCGAACCUGCUUCACGAUAGGCUGACGCAGAUAUUGGAGCGCACCGUUCGGCCUCCUCCAAGCCCCUCCGGAAAUGCAGCAAUUACCGCCGGACGUGUUCACUACCAAUCCAUUCCGGUCUACGAGAUGAAGUUCCCAGAUCUUUGUGUGUACUGA